AUGGAAGUGUGCAUAUCCUCAGUGAAAGAGUCUCCAUCGCCUGCGGUGGUUCGGGUUCAGAAGCUUCGAGUGUGGGCGAGGACGGGGGAGGGAGGCGAGGCGGUGGUGCGACGGCGCAGGGAGCUGAAGAGGGUGGACCGAGAGUUGGAGAAGGGGAAUUACAAGGCGGCGCUGUCCCUGGUGAAGCAGCUUAAGGCCAAUCCCGCCGGCCUCCUCCGUGGUUUCGGCGCCGCCGCUGCCGCAAAUGAUCUUAGACGUGUAUCGUCUUUGAACGAGUUGAAGUUAGCUGAGGAGACUGAAGUUUCACCUCUGCAGUUAGUAGUUGAUGCUAUCCUUCAUUCUAUCACAAGUAGCCUCGAGUUUCAGCUGCAAGAGGAAGAAGCAGAGGUAUCCAUACAAGAUUUUGUGAAAGCAAAGGAUGUCGCGAGUUAUGACUCUAUUCAUGAAGAUCAUAUGAUGUGUAUGCAACACGAAGCUGGUCACUUUUUAGUUGGUUAUAUGAUGGGUGUUUUACCCAGAAGGUACAAAGUACCUCGUGUAGAGGAUCUAUUGCAUGACCCGUUUGCUCGUGGGAAGGUGGAGUUUGUUGGCUUUGAGUUUCUUAGAGAUGUUAGUGUGGACACCAUGUCGAACAAAAACUUAUCGAAAGGGAAGCCUAAAAGAGAGACUUUGAGAAAAUUCUCUAUUGUGAUACUCGGCGGCUUAGCAGCUGAGCAUCUGCUGUUUGGGUACUCCGAGUUGCUCCACUCGGACGUUCAAAAGUUGUUCACAGUACUAAAGUGGGUUGGCCUGUCUGAAAAAGAAGCCGAUUACGAAACUAGGCGAGCUGCAGAAGCUGCAGUCUUGAUACUGCGUAGUCAGAGUGAAGCGCAGUCGAGGCUUGCUGAGGCCAUGGCUUUAGGGAAAUCAAUCGGGUUUUGUAUCAACACAAUUGAGACAGCAUUGAACAUGAAACUACUAAGUACUCUCGAUUAG